CCCAAAUUACGAAAUCUAGGGUUUUCUACUAUUCCAAUCAUGGAUUCGGGAUCAAGCAAGACAGAGGCCGAGGGGGUGCAAAUCGCUUCCACGGUGGCGGAGACCGUAGAGACAACCACUGGAGAAUCCUCCUGCGCUUCCUCUAUGAGCAAGGACAUAUCCGACUCUGACGACAAUGAAAGCGACGAAGAAGACAAGGGAGGUUCAACAAGCGAUCAUCCAGUAUGGUUAGUGGAUGAGAUAUCUGGAGGAUACUUUUCACCAGAUUCAGACUCUUAUACGGACGAAGAAGACGAGCGUAAAGCCCGUCUUUACCGACGGAACCUCCACUUUAGCGAUGGCUUUCUGGUGGAAGAAGGGACUGGUCCUCCAUCUUAUCAAUGCCGUGGUAGUAUAGGUGCAAUCAAACUUAAAUCUCUGGACGAUGAACAUUCUCCGGUUGAAGGGAGGACACAGCUUCAAUACGCACAAGACAUGGCCAGAUUGUCUCUUCGCAAAUACAAUGCCUUAAACGAAACCGAUGUGAAAUUGGACCAUGUUGUAAGAAUGACAGGGUCUUCUCCUGGUUCGUGGACUGCUUCGUAUAUCAGUUUCAUGGCGAAAGAGUCUGACGAGGAUGAUACUCUUGUAGAGUAUCAAGCCAAGGUUGCCAAGAAGAAAUCAGAACGCAAGACUUAUCCUAUCUUUUGCAGGCCAAGUCCCAAGCUAGAUCCAGAUAUGUAGUCUAAAAUGUCUUUUCUUAAUAGCUUUUGGUUUUGGAUUUCUUCAAACGCAUCUUGGUCCAAGCAUUAAAUAGUUGUUUUAGUGCUUAGCUAGACAUCAGAUUUAUGAAUCAAAGAUUUUACAGAUA